GUCGCCCAAGUGCACGUGUCGGACGCCAGCUCCGUCGUUUCUCAAUCCGUAAACAAAUGAUUUGACAUAAACUCAUUUAUUUGUAACUGAAAAUUAAAUAUACGAUAACCGACACACGAUACUGAAGUGUGUUAUUGUUUGCUAGUGCUUAAAACUAGUCGGCCGGUGGCAGUGUUUUGUGAAAUUGCAUUUGUGACAGAGUACGUGUAUUUUGGUGUGCCGUGCUAAGUGAAAGGAGCUUACCACGAGUUUGUGCAAUUCUGUGUCUCGUUCAACUGUGUUACUGUGUCUAGAACAUCCAGCUUGUUAUGGAAUCAAGUUUUAAAUGACAUUUUAAUUUUUAAGUGACAGUGAAUCGUUCGAUCAUGCUUUCCGACUAGCAUCGGAGAUUUCUCCCUGAGGUGUUUAAUGAUAACUGCAGAAUGCCAGCGCUCCGACUGCUGGGGCGAAAAUGGCUGGCAGCCUCGGACGACCUCGUGUUCCCGAGUAUAUUCGAGCUACUGUUCCGCUUUGUGUGGUUGAUCCUGAUCGCCCUAGUGGUAGAAGUGCUAUACCCGGUGACAUGGCAGUGCCAGAGCGAGGGCUGGCACGGCGGGGAGUUCGUGCGCCUCUACCUGUGCGGCACGCUCACUCUGCAGGCGUGCCUCAUGCUGCUUCUGGCAGCCCUGGCGCAGCAGUCCGCCAGGGGCACCAUCUCGGAGACGGAAGCGAGGAAACUCGUCGCACCUUUGUUACUACUUAAGGUGUUCCUUGUGCUGCCGGAGGUGGGCCUGAACGUGAUGGGCACCAUGUGGAUGUUCUGCGAGGUCAUACAGUGCACCGUCAUGGACAAGUUCUCCAGUAUUGUUAUACAGAGCAUAGUACUGUUCAACUGGGUGCAGCUAGGCCUGACGGUGUUCGGUCUCUUCAUGGUGUUCGACCCCCUGGGCUCCGUGGACUACGGGGACAUGCAGGACACGCCCAACCAGGUGCGCCACCACCGGAAGGUGACGGGGCUGUGGUCGCGCCGGUUCCGCUGGGCGUUCUGCUGGCUGAAACGCGACGAGCACGGCAAGGAGGCGUUCCAGCAGGUCGCAGCUCUUCUCAGCGCGUUGUUCAGGUCAACGGAUUUAGUGCCAUCGGACGUGGUGGCCGGCUGCGUCCUCCUCAGGGUGAGGCAGAAGCGAGAGACGAGAGAGAUGAGGAGGAUACAGAUGUUGAAUGAUGAGGAACCGAUAUACACCACGGAUUUGAACAAGGUUUUCUCCGAGACGCCCCCGUGGAUGAACUUGGAUGAUGCUCUUCAUUAUCUCAGGCUGUCGAUCGCGGCGUACGGCUGGCCGUAUGUGCUGUACCGACACUGUUUUACCGGCGUCUGCAAGCUGGCCAAGCAUUUAACAUGCUGUUGUUGUCGGCCGAAGAACUCCAUAGUGACAGAUGACAACUGUUGCCUGUGCAAUUUCGCCGGCGUUAAGUACAUGGCCAACCUGUCCUCAGACGAGGUCAUAUUCGCCUCCUUCAACAACAGAGUCUUUGAGCUACCCUUCUGCGUGAUAGCUGACCACGAGCGCGAAGCGAUCGUGGUGGCGGUGCGCGGCUCCAUCUCGCUAAGGGACAUCUUUACUGACUUCUCCGCUGGAUCUGAAAAAUUCGAGGCUGAAGGCGUACCGGAGGACACUGCGGCGCACAAGGGCAUGUCGAUGGGAGCGGCGAAGAUGCUGCGGCGGCUGGUGCCCGUGCUGGACCGUGCCUUCCAGCAGUACCCCACUUAUGAUCUCAUACUUACUGGUCACAGUUUAGGAGCCGGCGUAGCGGUGUUAGUAGCUCUCAAACUGAGACCCAAAUAUCCACAUCUCAAGGUUUUCGCGUUCUCUACACCAGCUGGUCUAAUAAGUCGCGAGGCGGCGCGGUACACGGAGAGCUUCGUGCUGACAGUGGGGGUUGGCGACGACCUGGUGAUGAGGCUGAGCGUCCACAGCAUUGAGAACCUGCGCACCAAGAUCAUACAGACCAUACACGCUACUAAGUUGCCUAAGUACCGGAUAAUGCUGAACGGUUUCGGGUACGCGUUGUUCGGGGUACCCACCCGAGACCUGGAGUCCACCUGGCGCCGGCCGGAGGACCUGGAGGCGCAGCGCUGCGACGACAGCGACGCCCUCCUCACCGUGUCCACCGUGAGUGCUGAGGCUGCGCUGCUGUCGCGGAACGUGUUCGCGCGGCGUUUCUCGUCCGCGCGUCUCUUCACGCCCGGCCGCAUACUCCACAUCAUGCGGCGGAAACGCAUGGGCAUUGAGAAUGAGACUGAGGAAGAAAGGAAAGUGCGAACACAAGAACCAACGUACGAGAUGCGGUGGGCGUGCCCUGAGGACUUCAUGGAGUUGCAGGUGAUGCCGCGCAUGCUGUUAGACCACCUGCCCGAGAACGUGCACCGGACCAUACAGACAGUACUGGAGGAGCGACACGCGUACCGCGUCACGCACCUCGUGUGAAUAGGCGUUAAGGUUUAAAAAGAAAAAGAAGGAUUUGUAAAUAUUGUUCGACGGCGUUUAAAAAGUACACCGCGAAAAAACUAUUAAGCAGCCUCCACACGUUGGCCGUGUUUGCCGAACAGAAGAGGACGGCGCUAUACUAA